UUUCUAUCUGCAUUCCAAUUCCAAUCAGCUGUUGUAUCUUCCGGUUUCUGUUUGACGCUAGUAUUGCGAUGCUUGAUCCACUCGAUCCAUCCUGUUUGACUGAUCACAAUCACUCCGAGUUGGCGACCGGCGAAAUUCAGCAAGAAGCAGUCCAGCAGCCUACCACCCCAACAACGCCCAUCAGGAGGAGCAGGACCGGCAAUCGUAGGUCGAUCGGCUUGACUCUUUCUCCAAAAUCCUCGGUCGUCCCGGUCGACUGUAAUUUACCAGCCAAUCCUAGUCAUAGCAAGCUCUCAGUCUCGGCCAGUUCAUUCAAACGCCGCUCGCUCAAUCUCGCCAACCUCCUCCGCCACCCAACCUCGAUGCGCAACCAGAGCUCAUCGACCACCGGGCACAGGUCCCCUACCAAUCCAGAGCAUUAUCGGCAGCCCUUCCCACCCGUCACCCCCAUCCAUCCUACCCCGCCCCCACUGCCGAGCAGGCCGACCAACCUCAAGAGCUCCUCCUCUGCCAGGAAAUCGCUACCACCCAACCUCCAGCUUCGCCCAGGCCCUCCUCCCGAGUCACCCGUCACCUGUCCGUGCUGCAGUCGAUCGAUCACUCUCGAUCACUCCCGGCUUAGUCAGCCUGCCCGGUGUCCUACCUGUGCGAUCAUCUGGGAUUCACCCGACUCCUUCUUAGUCAGCCCGAAGAUUGAUCAGAGCACUCGGUCGGAUGAGGACCGGCUUUAUACGAGUCAAACUAGCACAGCUUCCGAACAUCCGGCCUCAAGCAUCCUGACGAUCACCGAGGAACAGGUGGCACAACUGCACAGCCUCUCACUCAGCCAUGAGCAACUCGAGAGCUUCGAGCGAGAUCCGAGUGCAUUCCUGGCUUCCGUCAGCCCAAACUCAGCUCUCGACCGGCUUAUCAAAGAGUUCGAUCGACUGGCCCUUGAACUGCUUACCAAGCUAUUCUCAUCAAUCGCCAACCUGUCAACCGCCUUCUUAGCUAAGCCAACCACAGACAAACAACCCAAACCGAGACACCAAGCGCAUCAGGCAGUGCAGAUCGAACUGGUCAACAGCUUCUUCCAGGCUAUAUGCGGUCGUCCGACUGGCAGGGAUAUCCUGCUCUCACAGCUCUACGGCUUCUUGAAUCGUCCCGGAACUCAGUCCGUCUCUAUCCUCGCAAGCCUCAAGUCGCCCAACGAACCUCAGCAGACGGUUGAUGACCUCAUCCAAUGGGUCUGGGCUAUCGUCCUACUACAAUGUCCUAUCCUAUCGCCCAGUUGUAAGAUUGCUCCUCAAAAACGUCUGGUAAUCACCGCCCGGACACUUGGUCUCAUUUCAUCCUUGCCGAAUCGAUUGCAUCAUCGUCUGGUCUCAUUCUAUAGCCAUCCAAGCUGUCCAACCAAAUUGUUUGCAGAGAAAGUCGAAUUAGUUAAUGUAUUCAUCAGUGAUCGAAUCCGGCAUUUUUUGCAACUCCCAGACGGGUUUGGAGCCGGCUUGGAACCCCAGUCUGUCCAUCAUCUCCCCAAAUAUAUGUAUGAUUGGUCCUUGUUAGCUUCAAGUAGAAUGAUGGCUCUACUAUGUGGAUCUAAUCUCCAGUCACGCAAGUUACCACCAACAUCGUUCUAUAACGUAUCCACAGAUUUAAUUCAACCGAUCGAUCUAGUGUACGAUUUUGAAUGUUGGGAGAGCAGAAAGUCAUCAUAUACACUAUGCGGCUAUCCAUGUCUACUGAGCAUGUCGAGUAAGAUUUCCUUAUUGACGUACGAUGGAAAACGUCAGAUGGGACUAGAAGCUCGUCAAGCAUUCAUUGAUAGUCUCUUGGGAAGGUCUCUUGCCCCUCCGGUUCUGCCGCUCUCUAUUAGAAGGUCUCAUUUGGUCGAGGACUCGCUCCGUCAAAUCGCUAGCUCUCAAUCCGAAUUGAAGAAAUUACUCAAAAUCACCUUUGUUGAUGAGGAAGGUGUGGAUGGUGGAGGAUUAAAGAAAGAGUGGUUCCUGUUGUUAAUCCGUCAGUUGGUUGCACCUGAGUAUGGAAUGUUCCUACAUGAUCAAGAUCAACAUCAAAUAUGGUUCAACCCAGCCAGUCAAGAGCUUGAAGAGUUCAAAUUAAUUGGGACUGUCUUAGGCUUAGCGAUUUACAACCGAGCUACCUUAGAUUUCGGCUUGCCCUUAAUAGGCUAUCGAAAGUUAUUAGGGUUUUCAGUCAAUCGAUUAUCCGAUCUAGCCACUCUAAAACCUGAAGUGGCCAAAAGCUUACGUUGGUUAUUGGAAUAUGAUGGUGACGAUUUCGAGGAGAUCUGUAGUCGUAACUUUGUCGGUGAUUAUGAUGCUUAUGGAACGGUGGUUGAAGUUCCAUUGAUCCCUAAUGGUGAAAAUAUUCCGGUUACCAAAUCAAACCGAGCCGAAUUUGUCAAACUGUAUUGUGAUUAUAUCCUGAAUAAAUCGAUCGAGAAACAAUUCCAGGCGUUCUCUGAAGGCUUUAAUUCGAUUGCUGCAGGGAAUGGGUUGAGUUUAUUCCAACCAGAAGAGAUUGAACUCUUAGUGAUCGGAUCGACCUACGAUUCUAAACUGGCCAUCGAGGAUUUAAAAGCCAUCACGCAUUAUGAAGGCUUUCAACCGACCGAUUUGACCAUUCAAUAUUUUUGGAUCGUCGUUGAGAAUUUCGGCUUCGAAGAUCAGAAGAAAUUAUUACGGUUUAUCACGGGCACUGAUCGGAUUCCAGCCACCGGGAUUUCAGGCCUUAAUCUCAAGAUCACCAGAUCCGUUCGCUCUUCGCUGGAUAGUAACCCUACCAAUAACAAUCGUCGUCGUCGUCAUCUUUCAAAUCAACUCAGAUCAAUGGCUUUCAACGAACGAUUGCCUGAAAGUCACACUUGCUUCAAUCAACUCAUCUUGUCUGAUUUCUCUUCUGUGCAAUCUCUCGAUCAGAAACUUCGUCUAGCUAUCAACGAGUCUCAAGGGUUUGGAUUAAAUUAAGCCUUUCCAAAAUUAUCUGGAUUCAUCCAUUCCAUGUACAGCGUAUCUCCAGCUCAUUUCUCUCUCUCUCGUAAACCUCUCACAAUCAUCAUUGUAUUCUCUCUGAAAUCCUUCCUCAUGUACCAUCCACUCCUUACCACCAUUCCAUUCUUUCUCUUCUUAUCUACCUAUCAAUCAAUCUGUUGAAAGUGUUUUCAUUAGAUAAAUAUAUUUAUAUACGUCGUUCACUGCACUGGCUAAACAUCAGCCGUCUAUCUUGUAUUCAUUUCUUUUUUGCCUGUUCUUAUAUGUAUACAUGCUUAGCAACCUUUCUCAUCUGCAUCGUUCUCCUUUUUUUUAUCAUCCUUCUUUCAUGAUUUGUUGGAUUUUCAGCAUGGUUUUAUUUUUGGUUUUGCAUUUUUUUUUUCAAUUGGUAUGAUGAGGUUGAUUUUUUCUUCUCUCAUUGUAAUGUUUUUUUCUCUCAUUAAUUCAUUUGUUGACCUUUUUUCUUUUUAAUCUUUGGACUUCAAGCAUGACACCAACAAAAUUAAAAUCUCUCACUGCAUAUAUUAUGUAUCAGUUUUCCUGUUCCUCUUUCUCUAUCUCUCUUUUUACAUUUAUCUGUUUCUGCUCUCUGUCUCCUCAAACCAACAACACAACUUGCUUCAACUUGAGUGUCCUCUGGGAAAAGCAUAGUUGUUAUAGCUAGUACCUUACCAAA